UUGUACUACCAGGAAUCGUACUGAAGUCUGUUGAAGCAAAUUGUCUAACUACGUGUUAAAUAGGCUGUUUGAAUAUAGUCCGAACAGGACUAUUUUAGAUUGAACACCAAAUAAAGCGUAUUGUCGAGGAAGUAAAAGAAAACAAGACGUUGACACGGGGCGAACGACAACUGUAUUCUCCACCCGGACCGUUACGCUUGGCGGAGGGAUUCAACGGACUUCGGCAAACAUCGGAAGGGCAAACCCGCCUUCCAGCUUCGUAUUUCCUCUCACGUUAGCAAACUUAUCUCAUUUUAAAGUUCGUGCUUAGCUUUCUCUUAGGUCUGUGCUCCUAUUUAGAUGGCAAGCUUCCCAGACUCUGUAAACGAAAAUGAUAUAGGUAAGGCAAAGUUCAUCGGUGAACUCCUGGUGCCUGUUGCUCCCUUUGACCAGAAGUCUGGGCGUGAGGCGUGGACAGUAGCCUUUGCACCCAAUGGUUCCUACUUUGCUUGGUCUCAGGGGCAUCGCAUUGUCAGGCUCAUUCCCUGGACAACAUGUCUGAAGAACUUUUCAACAGGCCACAGUGGCGAGGCCACCAAUGCCUUCAGCCCUCGGCGCUUGUCCCUUCAGCACAACAGCGAAGGCCAGGGGAUCCCAGAAACCAACGAGCCUCGCGAACACACAAUCGACUGCGGUGACAUCGUGUGGGGCUUGGCCUUCGGCUCCUCCGUGCCAGAGAAGCAGAGCCGCUGUGUUAACAUCGAGUGGCACCGCUUCAAGUUUGGACAGGACCAGCUGCUACUGGCAACGGGCCUCAACAAUGGUCGCAUCAAGAUCUGGGAUGUUUACACUGGAAAACUGUUGCUGAAUCUGAUGGACCACACUGAUAUAGUGCGAGACUUGACCUUUGCUCCUGAUGGCAGCCUGAUGCUUGUCUCUGCAUCAAGAGAUAAGACCCUCCGUGUGUGGGACCUCAAAGAUGAUGGUAACAUGGUGAAGGUACUGCGGGGACAUCAGAACUGGGUGUACUGCAGCGCCUUCUCCCCUGACUCUUCCAUCCUGUGCUCAGUCGGCGCUGGCAAAGCUGUGUUCCUAUGGAACAUGGACACAUUGACCCUGAUCCGGAAGCUGGAGGGGCACCACAAUGAUGUGGUGUCCUGUGAGUUCUCACCAGAUGGGGCCCUGUUGGCCACCGCCUCUUACGACACCCGCGUCAUCGUAUGGGACCACCACAAGGCCACCGUCCUGCUCGAGCUGGGCCAUCUCUUCCCCCCUCCAUCACCCAUUUUCGCUGGAGGGUCAAAUGACCGCUGGGUUCGCUCUGUGAGCUUCUGCCCUGAUGGUCUUCACAUUGCCACCAUUACGGAUGACAGGUGGGUGCGCUUCUGGAACAUUGAGGAACGGGCUCCUCAGGCUAUCGCCUCUCUCUCUAAUGGCCUCUGCUGUGCCUCCUCCGCUGAAGGAAGUGUCCUUGCUGCUGGGACUCGUGACGGUAGUGUGCACUUCUGGGAGUGCCCUCGUAGCGUAGCCGGUCUGCAGCAUAUUUGUCGGAUGUCCCUUCGCCGGGUGAUGACCACCCAGCAGGUGGAGGGCCUGGCUAUUCCCACGCCGCUCCGUGACUACCUGACCUACAAGGUCAUCUAAGUCCCCCCCCCCGCCACACACACACACACACCAAUACCACCUCAGCACCUGCUGAUCCAGCGUCAUGUCACGAACCAAUGGAUUGUUUUCCGAAAAAUUAAACUGAACAAACGGAUGGUAAUCUCACAGCAAGAUAUUGUGAUCCGUACAUAUUUAUUUUUAUAAGUACUUUUAAGUCAGUUAUUUGUGGGGGGGGCUCCUGUCCCCUCCAUGUUGCAGUAGCACCGAGAAGUGUUCAGCUCCUCUUCCAGCGCUCCACCGGGUUCAGUAAACCUUCAUCUUUUCUUCUGACUUGUGAGAAGCUUCAUGUAAGGUCUGUCAUUGGCCAGUGGGUGAGCAGGGGGAGAGACGUGGGCUGUUUAGAGCAAGGAGGGGUUUGAAGGCCAAUACUCAGAUCUGUGAACUCCUGAGAUUGAGGAUGUAUAGUAUCUGAGCAGCCAGCUACUUCACAAGCCAGAGAGCCGGAGUGAUACAUCACUCAGGCAGAUGGAUGUAUUGGUGUCGGCAUAUAUGUCAGCCGGUAAAUGACUGGAAAAGUAGUGAUGCCAAAGAUAUUUUUGAAACUGUGUCUCCAUUUUAUAGUUUGUCCACCAGAGACUAGUGAAGUUUAGCAGUUGGUAAAUUUAAGAGAUCCUAUGUAUCAAUUAAAAGAAUGUUAAUCUCUUGAAUAUCAAUGUCUGUAUAGGCCUCAACGCGUCUGUAUCGGAGACUCAUCACUUGAUUUCACCCGGCUCCUCUGAGUUGAUGGUUGGUUAGGUAGUGAGGAAUAUAAAAAAGUUUAGUUGUGUGUGUACAAUUGUAUCACGUCUAAAAACAAAAUGUCCACUCUGUCAUCUGUAACCAGGUUUUUUGUUGAACUUUUGUAUCAUUGUUUUUUUGUUCUAUAUGUGAAAAUGUCUCCAAAUAACAAACGAGUUGUUACAUUUGUGUACAGGUCCAGUUGAGACUGGAAAUAUAACUGAAAGUAGUCUCAAGCUUCUAGCCAUGGCCGUCUGGCAUUGACGAGCUUCAUGUUCCCUCCUGAUAGAAAUGUGUGCUCAUGAUAAUCCACAGCGACCUGUUUACAUUGAGCAUGCCAUUUGUUGAAGGGCAUUUUUAGGUCAUGUGUCACGGAUGUGAGAUGUGAAGAAGGGAGCGAGUGCCGGUAGUGUGUCUGUCGGAAGGUUUGAACAUCGUUCUUGGCACUUGGUUGCUCAUGCCAACGGUUUCCCUUUUCAGAUGUGACUGGUGGUCUGCAGUGUACUCCACCUGUUACUAUGGUGAUUGGAAGAACAGUCCUGCCUCUGAGAUGCAGUAUGAAGCAGCAAAUAUAUUAAAUAUAUGAAUGUAUAAAGUUUA